GCUCGGCUUCGGGUCCAGAUAUAUAGCACAAUCUCAUCACAGCCAUGGCGUCGUCUCAAUUGCGAGCGGUCCAAACGUUGACGCGCAACUUGCGCGCAUCAAGCCGCACAUUCACCACCUCCGCACGCCGACUCGAAGCUCCUACACCCGUUACCUCUACCAGCGAAACGGCCGCAGUGCUGGAAACCGACGCAAAAGCCAUCGGCCAGGCUCCCAACCGCGCCGCUGUCUGGUCUCGAAGCCAGAAGCCCCGAACUACGGCUAUGACAGGCCCCCGUUUCGAACAGACCGAUUUCAGCCUUCAGCCCCAACCUUAUUCAGCCAUGGAGCUGGUACACAAGGUGCCCGUUACAUGGACUCACGACCGCAUUGUCUCAUGCAGCGGCGGUGGCGGUGCUUCUGGCCACCCCAGAAUCUUUAUCAACACCGAUAAGCCGGAGAUUGCUUCCUGCAACUACUGUGGCACUCCUUACGCCAACGAACACCACCGAAAACACCUUGAAGCUCUGCCAGAGACUUCAUACCCCCUAAAAUAGACUUGAUCAGUUGGAAGAGGGAAUUUGUGUUAUUGAGUUUCUGGUCAUAGAUAGUCUCUGGGCCGGUUCACGAGUUAUUUGUAUAGUUAUGAAGAACCAAAACAGAGAGAGAGAAAAAAAAAACAAUUACAAUACGCAUAAGGAUCUGCGUGAGGUACCAAA